AUGCUUCUCCGUGCUACCCGACUUGUGGCAGCCGUCGCACCGACCACGCAGCAUCAGCAGAUUCGGCGGAUGAGCUACUUGCGUAAUGGUUUGAACUCGGGGACGCAUGCGUUUCGCAUCCUAUCCCCUGGUCGAACGCUCGGCUCAGAAUGUGGCAGGCUCCCGAUCUCAGCCCAACGGCGCGGAGUGUGUGGCUUUGAGUGGCUCGGACUCGUGGCCUUCAAAACGGCUGGGACCUGUGCUGCAGCUCAUGGUGGCAAAGCGGCCGUAUGUGCGGCAGCGGCCAAAAGUGGCAUCUCCGGCUUUUCGUGUGUUGCCUGUGGCGGUUACUUCCUUCUGGGUAUGGGUGCCUUCGUCUUGGUCAGCGCAGGAGUGAUCAUCUUAGUGGAGGCAUCUCGGUAG